CAGGAAGACAUGUAGCCUGGAAGAACAUUAACCGAACAAAGCCAGCUUAUUUUGUCGUGCUUGUUACUCCAGUAUCAUUUUCAUAUAAAUUGUCUUUGUGUAAAGGUAUUAAAAGACCUUCUUAAAAGUGAUCAUGGAACUGACUGCUGAGAGCCAUUCUAUUCUCUUGAGUGAUGGGAAUAAAAUCCCCCUCAUUGGUCUUGGGACUUACGGGGAUCCUCAGAAGACUCCUAAAGGAACUCCAUAUGAAUCAGUAAAGCUUGCAAUAGAGGUUGGCUACAGACAUAUUGAUGGAGCUUUGGUGUAUUUCAAUGAGCACGAAGUGGGGCAAGCCAUACGUGAGAAAAUCGCUGAUGGUACUGUCAAAAGAGAGGACAUCUUCUACUGUGGAAAGCUAUGGAACACCUUCCAUCCUCCAGAACUUGUAAGACCUGCAUUAGAGAGAACUCUGCAGACCUUGCAGCUGGAUUAUGUGGACCUUUAUAUUGUUGAACUUCCCAUGGCCUUUAAGCCAGGAGAUACAUUCUACCCUAUAGAUGAGAAUGGAAAGCACAUUUAUCAUGAGACAGACCUCUGUGCCACAUGGGAGGCUUUGGAGGCUUGCAAAGAUGCAGGGCUUAUAAAAUCUCUCGGAGUGUCCAACUUCAAUCGGAGACAACUGGAAUUGAUCCUGAAAAAGCCAGGGUUGAAACACAAACCUGUGUCCAACCAGGUUGAAUGUCACCCAUACUUCACUCAGCCAAAGUUGAUGGAAUAUUGUAAGCAAAAUGACAUUGUCAUUGUAGGAUACAGCCCACUGGGAACAUCGAGAGAUCCUUCUUGGGUGAAUUUGAAAAGCCCCCCGUUGCUGGAGGACGAGCUUCUUGUUUCAAUAGCUAAAAGGCAUAACAAGACCACAGCUCAAGUGGCUCUGCGAUUCAAUGUUCAGCGAGGUGUGGUGGUCAUACCAAAAAGCUUCAGCCCCAGUCGCAUUAAAGAAAACUUCCAGAUAUUUGAUUUCUGCCUCACUGAUGAGGAGAUGAAAGCAAUUGAAGGGCUCAACAAGAAUGUCCGAUUUGUGGAGCUCCUUAUGUGGAGUGACCAUCCUGAGUAUCCAUUCAGUGAUGAAUACUGACAAAUUUAACCUGGGUACUACUGACACAUUCAUUUUAACAUUUUACAUUGCUACAUUACAUUGUCAGGUUACAUCCCUCCAAAAGUACCAAUAAAGCACAUUCAUUUGAAUAUUA